UCUCAGUUUAAAAGGCAUUUUCUCCUCCUCUCUCUUUCUUUCCCACUCUCUCUCUCUUUAGCUCUGACUCGGUGCCCGGACUCGGUGACAAGAGCAGUAGGCUGAGCUGUCAGGGCAGAAGAAACAGAGAGAAUAUAGAUUUUUUGGGGAAUAGAAGUGUCAUCUGGUUAGAACACAAGGAGAGAGGUGGCGGAACUGCCUUCAAGGUGGACAUCCUUUCAUCCCCCUUUACUGAAUGUGUUGGGUUCCAAUGAGGCAAUUCGUGUGAGCUGCCAAAGGCUGUGGUGGAGUAGCUCUGAACUGUCUGGUCUGCUAAAGGGCCCCUACACUUAUCCAGAUUUGGCCACACUUCCAAGCUUGUCCGAGGAGUCCAGUUGAGAUAGACAAAAAUGGGUACUAAAAGCUUUUUAGGGUGUGUCUUCCUGACUCUCCUUCUCAACCUCUGCCAGGCUGGGCUGGUGAGAAAAUUACUUAGACAUAAACGGGCGACCUUGACCACCCCUGGCGGAAACAAUGUGACCCUGACCAGCGCUGACCAACCAGUGGUCUUCAACCACGUCUACAACAUCAACGUCCCUUCCGGCUCACUAUGCUCAGUGGACCUGGAUGCCCUAGGAAGCACCAGCCUCAAGCCCCAGGACGCAGCUCUGCCUUCAGGCCUCCGCACCACCGAACAUACCCUGGAUGGGCAGAACCAGAUAGUUUUCACUCACCGCAUUAACAUUCCUCAGCAGGAGUGUGCAUGCACUGAUGGGCUCCCGGAUCUGAAGGACCUCCUGAGCAGAUUGGAGAUGCUGGAGGGAGAGGUGUCCACGCUGAGAGAUCAAUGCGCUAGUGGAGACGCUGGCUGCUGCAGCGUUCAGCCAGUCACAGGUGAGGUGGGGACUAAGCCUUAUUGCAAUGGCCAUGGCAACUACAGAGCUGACACCUGUGGUUGCAUUUGCGAGCCUGGCUGGAAGGGACCCAACUGCACCGAGUCUGAAUGCCCCAACAACUGCCAGGACCAAGGUCGCUGUGUGGAUGGGAAGUGCGUCUGCUUUGAGGGCUUUGGCAGGGACGACUGUUCACUCAAGGUUUGCAAAGUGGACUGUGGUGGGAACGGAAAUGUUAUUGGUGGGGUCUGUGUCUGUGCCAAAGGGUUUACCUGGAGAGACUGUUUCUCAGACAGACUGCCUACAUGCCUAGGCCAUGGAAAGUGUGUGGACGGGGAGUGGUGUGGAGAAGCCUGGACGGGAACGACUGCUCGAACUCAUCUGCCCAAUGGAUGCUAUGACCGCGGCCGCUGCGUCAAUGGACCUGCUACAUGCGAAGAAGGAUUCACCGGGGUGGAUUGUAGCCAGCUGGCUUGCCCCAACAACUGCCAUAACAGGGGACAGUGUGUCAGACGGGCAGUGGCGUCUGCACAUGUAGGCUACCAGGGAGAGGACUGUUCUGAACUCUCCUGCCCCAACAACUGCCAGGAAGGUCGCUGCGUGGAUGGGAAGUGCGUCUGCUUUGAGGGUUUGGCAGGGACGACUGGUUACACUGGAGAGGACUGUUUCUCAGACAGACUGCUGAACAACUGCCUAGGCCAUGGAAAGUGUGUGGACGGGGAGUGUAUGUGUGAAGAGCCCUGGACGGGAUACGACUGCUCCGAACUCAUCUGCCCAAAUGACUGCUACGACCGCGGCCGCUGCGUCAAUGAUUGCUACUGCGAAGAAGGAUUCAUCGGAGAGGACUGUGGGGAGAAAACCUGCCCAAGCGACUGCCUGGGAAAUGGUUUUUGUGUGGACGGCCAGUGUGUCUGCAGCGUGGCUACACUGGAGAGGACUGCUCAGCUCACCUGCCCCAGUGACUGCAACGAUAGAGGUGUCUGCUUCAAUGGCAAUGUGUAUUGCAAUGCUGGCUCAGGAGAGGAUUGUAGCCAGCUGGCUUGCCCCAACAACUAUAACAGGGGACAGUGUGUCAACGGGGAGUGCGUCUGCAAUGUAGGCUACCAGGGAAGAGGACUGUUUGAGCUCUCCUGCCCCAACAACGCCCUCAACCGGGGCCGCUGUGUCAACGGACAGUGUGUGUGCGAUGAAGGGUUCGGUGGUGAGGACUGCAGUAUCAAGAUCUGCCCCUCAGACUGCUAUGGCAGUGGAGAUUGUGUGGAUGGCCGGUGUGUCUGCUAUGCUGGCUUCACCGGUGAGGACUGCAGCGAGCUGAGCUGCCCCAACAACUGCCUGAACCGCGGACGCUGCGUUGACGGGCAGUGCGUCUGCGACGAGGGCUUUACAGGGGAAGACUGCACUGAGAAGCACUGUCCCAAUGACUGCCUGGACAGGGGAUACUGCGUGGAUGGCAAAUGUGUCUGCCUGGAGGGCUAUGCGGGUGUCGACUGCUCUGAACUCACCUGCCCUGAUAACUGCAACAACAGGGGGCACUGUGUUAAUGGGAAGUGCAUGUGUGAGGAGCGAUACAUGGGAGACAACUGUGGAGAGCUGAGCUGCCUCAACAACUGCCAGGACAUGGGCCGCUGUGUGAAUGGACAAUGUCUCUGUGAUGAGGGAUACAUCGGAGAAGACUGCUCAGAAGUUUCACCUCCAAAGGACCUGACUGUAACAGAGGUCACCACCGAGACAGUGGAUCUGACCUGGAACAACGAGAUGCUGGUGACAGAGUAUCUGAUUGCAUAUGUGCCCACUAGUCCUGGGGGUCUGUACCAGGAGUUCAGAGUGCCCGGAGACAAGACUGCUGCCACAGUCAGUGAGCUGGAGCCUGGCAUCGAGUACCUGAUCAACGUCUAUGCCAUCCUCAGCAACAAGAAGAGCAUCCCAAUCAGUGCCAGGGUGGCCACAAAUCUACCAGAGCCAGAUGGCUUGAAGUUCAAAUCGGUGAGGGACACCUCAGUAGAGGUGUUGUGGGAUCAGCUGGACAUUCCCUUUGAUGCCUGGGAGCUCUAUGUCCGUAACACGAAAGAGGAGAAUGGGAAGAUCCUGACAACCCUUCCAUCCUCCCAGACUAUGUAUGAGCAGUCCGGGCUUGGUCCUGGUCAGGAGUACGAGGUCUCAGUGGGCAUCAUCAAGAACAAUACCAGAGGACCUCAGUCUACUAAAAUCAUUACCACCAGGAUUGAUGGCCCCAGACAGGUAGAGGUGCGUGACGUGACGGACUGCUCAGGCUUGGUCACCUGGUUCCAGCCCGUGGCCCAGGUGGACGGUGUCACUGUGUCCUAUGGCCCCAGCUCCCAGCCCACAGAGAGGACCAGCGUGGACCUUUCCACCUCAGACAAACAGUACAGCAUCGACAGCCUCAGCCCAGACACUGAGUACCAGGUGUCCCUGAUCUCCAGGAGGGGAGACACCACCAGUGAGCCAGUCUCUGAGAUAUUCACCACAGACCUGGACGCCCCCAAGGACCUGCAGCCCCUGGGCCAGACAGARGACAGCGUCACACUGGAGUGGAGAAACAGCCGGGCAGAUGUUGACAGCUACAGGGUGAAGUACAGCCCCAUCUCUGGGGGUUCCCAUGGCGAGGAGGUGUUCCCCCGUGGGUCAGGAGACAACACUCAGGCCACCAUCACUGGAAUGAAACCGGGUACAGAAUACGGGAUUGGUGUGACCGCAGUGAAGAACGAGAGGGAGAGCCUMCCUGCCACUACAAACGCAGCCACCGAUCUCGAUGGGCCCAAGGACUUGGAAGUGAGCGAGUCCACAGAGACAAGCAUGACCCUGGUGUGGAYGACACCCAGAGCCAAGAUCACCAUCUACAGGCUGGUGUACAUCUCCAGGGACGGUCGAAGGGAGGAGGUGGAGGUCCCUGGAACUGCCACCACCUACGUCCUGAACAACCUGACCCCCGGCAUGCUGUACACCAUUACCCUGGUCGCUGAGAGGGGCUCAAAGAAGAGCACACCCGUAACCCUGUCCGCAUCUACAGAGGACCUGAGGCCUGUGGUGGCCAACCUCACAGUCUCUGACGUGACAUGGGACAGCUUCAAUGUGUCCUGGACUCCCGAGGACGGGGAGUUUGAGAGCUUUGUCAUUGAGGUGACAAACUUACAGGAAGGUUUAGAGAGCGAGAACCUCACCUUGUCUGGUGAUGCCUUCAGCCUGGGCAUUUCUGGCCUGAGUCCUAACACCUCGUAUAGGAUUGGCCUGUACGGGCUCCACAAGGGCUCCUUCCAGGAGCCGGUGUAUACCGAAGUCACUACAGGCCUGGGCGCUCCAAGGGGCAUCCGCUUCUCUGAGGUGACCGAGUCCUCGGCCAUAGUCCACUGGACCAUGCCUCGUGCCAGAGUGGACAGCUACCGCAUCAUCUAUGUGCCCCUCCAAGGAGGUAGCCCAAUGACAGUGCUAGCGGAUGGGACUGAGACCCAGGCCUUGCUGCCUAACAUGUUGCCAGGGGUGACCUACCAGGUGACCAUAUUCUCCACGAAGGGCCUGGAGGAGAGUGACCCAGGGACAGACACCAUCACCACAGCUCUGGACAGGCCUCAGGGUCUUUCUGCUGUCAACGUCACUGACACGACCGCCCUGCUGCUAUGGCAACCCACUCGGGCCAAUGUCGAUGGCUACGUCAUCACCUACAGUGCAGAUUCAGUGUCCCCAGUGAUGGAGUACGUUUCUGGGAACACAGUGGAGUUUGAGAUGGGCUCUCUGGUCCCUGCCACCCAUUACACAGUUGGGGUAUACGCCAUGAGGGAGGCACUGAAGAGUGGCACCACCACCACCGAAUUCACCACAGAUGUGGAUUCUCCUCGUGACCUGGCAGCCAGUAACGUCCAGACAGACAGUGCCACUCUCACUUGGAAGCCCCCGCGUGCCGACAUCACCGGAUACGUCCUCACCUUCACCUCAUCUGACAGCACAGUCCGGGAAGUGGUUCUGAGCCCUACAGCCACAUCAUACAGCAUGACUCAGCUGAGUGCCACUACCGACUACAACGUCAGGCUACAGGCCAUKGCUGGAGCCCAGCGGAGCCGCCACGUCACCACCGUCUUCACCACCAUCGGAGUGUUGUACAGAUACCCUAAGGACUGCUCACAGGCUCUGCUGAAUGGAGACACCACCUCUGGCAUCUACACCAUCUACGUGGGAGGAGAAGAGAGCCAGCCCAUCCAGGUCUACUGUGACAUGACCACCGACGGAGGUGGAUGGAUGGUGUUCCUGAGGCGCCAGAGUGGAAAGCUGGAGUUCUUCAGGAACUGGAAGAAUUACACUGGUGGCUUUGGUGACAUUAAUGGUGAAUUCUGGUUUGGUCUAGCCAACCUCCACAAGAUGACAACAGCAGGCCAGUACGAGCUGCGUGUGGACCUGAGGGACAACGGGGAGUCGGCCUAUGCUCAGUAUGACAAGUUCACGAUCGCAGAACCCCGUAGCCGCUACAAGAUCCACAUAGGAGGGUUCAGCGGCACAGCAGGUGACUCUAUGACUUAUCACCAGGGCCGGCCCUUCUCCACGUAUGACAAUGACAAUGACAUCGCUGUCACCAACUGUGCCCUGUCCUAUAAGGGUGCCUUCUGGUACAAGAACUGCCAUCGUGUCAACCUUAUGGGAAGAUAUGGUGACGAUAGUCACAGCAAGGGUAUCAACUGGUUCCAUUGGAAGGGACACGAGCAUUCAAUACAGUUCGCCGAAAUGAAGAUUAGACCAGUCAACUUCAGAAACUUUGAAAGUCGAAGGAAAAGAUCAUAGACUUUAUACUGCCCUCCUCCCCCCUAGCUCUCUCCAAGCCCCACCCACCCACCCUCCCAGGAGCAUCACCCCUUGACCCUCUUUUGACCCUCAAUCUUCAGUUCACCAAGUCGCACAUCAAGCAAGGACAAUCAUGUUACUGAAUGUGUUUUUAUCCAACUAGCUGUCACUAUUGGGAUGGAUACGUUAUACCAAAAAUGGCACAAUUUGACUUUUGUGUGUUUGAUUUAUUUUAUUGUUUUUGUUCAUUGGAAAAUGUACAAGCAAAACAUGGCUCCUUAUAGGUCCAAAGAUAUUUGAAUAUGCCGAUUAGCAAUAAGGCAGAUUGAUUAUGAAAUGUGAAACAAUGAAAGGUGAUUUCAGUUACUAUUUUUACAGAAGGGGUAAAAAGAGUCCUAUUCCAAUUUUGACACUCGCUCUUACAUUCUAAUCUCCCACACUUUCACGUUCUUUCUCUCUGGCCGUUGAUUGAAAAGCUGUCUGAGCAUUCAGAACCCAUUGUACAUUACUGCAGUCGGCACAGUUGAACUUUUCAACUAGCAACAUUUCAGUGAAACGUGACAAUAAUAAUGUGGCUUGAUGCCACAUCCCUCAGUCUUCCUAAGGAGGUCUGAAAAUAAAGCUAUAUAGGUUAACAAAGUUCCCCUCUAUUCAUACAGUAAAUCCUUCAACAGACUUGAGGGAAAUACCGACUAAAUUAGGCAUAAUUUGUUUAAUGUUGAGUGAUUGAUAUUUAGAAUGACAUUUUCUAUUAUUUCCAACCGAUUUGAAUGAUGUUCUUGAGAAGAUCACAGUAGGGGUUUGAACCACGGAUAUAAUUGAAUACCGGUUUAAAUUAUGCUUUAAUUCUGUUUUCAACUGAAUGAAAAACAGAUGUCUAUAUGUAACCCUCGAUACAAUAAAAGAUACUUUGUUAAAAA